UUGGCCUUAGUUUGGUCCGUCGGGUAGCUCCUCCCCUCAGCUGGUCACAAACCAACCACAAGAGAGGAAAUGACAUCAGCGGUGAAACGCGGAGCCACGAGCUCGACACGUGACCGCGACACGCAAACAGCGCGGGAAGAGACGCACCUGUGGACCCGAUCUGUGCACGUGCACGUGACGAUGAAGAUUUACUUCUGUGGAAGUAUCCGCGGCGGUAGAGAUGACGUCAUGCUGUACCGGAAGAUUGUAGAGAAACUGCAGAGCUACGGGACCGUGUUGACCGAGCACGUGAGCAGCACCGAGCUCAGUCACAGAGGAGUGUGCGAUGUCAUUGAGCUGAUGUCUUGUCACUGGUCAGGAGUGUGUGAUGUCACUGAGCUGAUGUCUUGUCACUGGUCAGGUGAAGACGCGUCAGCAGCAGGCGACAGGUUCAUUCACGACAGAGAUGUGAACUGGCUCCGACAGUCUGACGUGGUGGUGGCGGAGGUCACGCAGCCGUCUCUGGGCGUCGGUUAUGAACUCGGCCGAGUGGUCGACAUGAAGAAAAAAACCUUGUGUCUGUUCAGGCCGUCGUCAGCGCGCGUUCUGUCGGCCAUGAUCCGAGGAGCGGACGAUGGUGAGCGGUUCGUGGUGAGAGACUAUGGCGAGGACGAGGUGGACGAGGUUCUGGAAGAGUUUUUCAACGCACUGAAGAGAACCUGAAGAACCUCAAAGACUCGGAUCAGUACACUGUUCUGUUGUAAUGUUACAUUUAAAAUACUAAUGUUCAAUUAACUGUGGGCGGGUCGAAGGUAACCACAAGUUACCUGUGGCCUCGAGGGGGGGCUGCAGGUCAGCAGAGUUACACCAUCUACAAGAACCUGUACGCAUGCACGCACACACACACACACUCAUGGGUUUUUCACUUCCUUUCACGUGUGAACCGUUGUUCUUUUUUUCUUCCACUGUCUUUGAUCUGGUGACAUUUAAAUAAAGUUGUAUUGAUUGAAUCGUGA